AUGAAUCGUCAUAUCUCAAGUGCUAUGUUUAUAAGUGAAAUACCUGUUCGUUGCAUGCAGAAUGGUGAAAAAUCUAUUAAAUGGAUCAAUAAUUUAACUUGUCAUACAACUGCACGCGACAUUAUUAUUUCGUUACUGCCAGCAUGUGAUUGGAGAAAUUAUUCGUUGUACGUUCACAUCGAUCAGAAGAAACAUGUUUUAAAAGAUUCAACAAGGAUAUAUAAAGUUGUUGAAAAGAUCAAUCGACGAAAAGCAUCCGGAAGAUUACUGUUUGAAAUCGUAUGUAACAAACGAGUGAGAUUUGCAGACGAAAUCAUCACUCGAACGGUUCGUCAAGGACAGUCGAUUCUAUUAGAACAAUUGAAAGAAAAUGUUGAGAAACAUCUUAUUCGACAAACAAAUACAAAGCGAUCAUCGUUGAAAGUAAUUAAUAAGAAUGUUCCACAUUCGUCGAGUGAAUCCGGCAUCAGUUCAAUAUCCUCAACAGAUGAUUUGUACAUGUGGACCAAGCCAGUCUUAGAAACACUUAAAAUGAAUUCCAUGGAAAAUCUUAUACAUCUACCAAUCUGUGAGAAUGUCAUCAGGCGGUACGGUAAAUACACGAAGAAGGUUAAUGGUGAACUAGUGAAAGUGAUUUAUGAUUGGUUCGAACGUGAAAACAGCGAGCAGGAUAAAUAUCAUGGUCAUCAGUAUAAAUUAGGUUUAACUAAACAGCAAUACGAUCAAAUGAAAACACUCGUUUUACCGAUGGGUUCAUUAGGAAGCGAUUUAACAUUUGAUCAGUUUUGCGAUAUACUUAUACCGGUUAUUACCGGUGGCGAAAGCGCUCAACAUGAUGAUUAUUCCAUCUGGUUAGCAUUUCGUUCGUUUGAUAAAAAUGGUGAUCAUUAUAUUCAAACAGACGAAUUGGAAACAUUAAUGCGUAUUAUCGGUAAAUCGAUCAGUCGAGAGCGUAUUCGAUCACUUAUCGAUAAAGUCGAUUGGGAUUAUAAUGGUAAACUGGAUUACAAUGAAUUUCGAGAAUUUAUUGUACGUGGUUAUGCACGGGAACUGUUGAUGAUGGAUAUAACAAGAGAAAUCGUUUAUUCACAUGAUCAAAUGAAAGUCCCAACAAAGGAUACGACGUAA